UUUAAAUUAAUCAGUCACUGGUUCGUCUUAAGAGCACGCGGGCUUAGUCAUCCUCUUUGAAAAUUUCUAUAAAAACAAUUUUUUAAAAAAUUUCCUUCAGUGUUGAAACAUUGUGUAAGUGAAAGUGAUCAAGAUCUCAGGAGAAUUUGUUCAAGAAAAUAAAAUAUUACAGAUAUGGUGAAAGACAAAGUGGAGAUAACGAAUAAACUACCCCUUAAGAUCACUGCAGUAGGUGAUGGCAUGGUAGGAAAAACAUGCCUUCUCAUCACAUACACCACCCAACGUUUCCCAACAGAAUACGUGCCUACAGUAUUUGAUAACUAUGCGACUAGUAUGACAGUGGAUGGGCAAGAAUAUGAUACGACACUCUGGGACACUGCUGGACAAGAAGACUAUGAAAGACUGCGACCACUUACAUACCCAAAUACUGACUGUUUCUUGCUGUGUUUCUCCGUUGGUACUAGGGCCUCUUAUGAUAACAUUUACAGUAAAUGGUACCCCGAGUUGAAACAAUUUUGCCCCAAUGUGCCUAUAAUCAUUGUUGCAACAAAAAUUGAUUUGAGGGAGACGAACGAAGAUGCUUUGAUGCCCGCUGAUGGUAAAAAGAUGAAGAAAAAAAUCAAAGCUUUCAAAUACAUGGAAUGCUCGGCGUUGAAGGUAGAAGGCCUGUCGGAGAUUUUCACUGAGGCAGUCAGAGCAUGUAUAAAACAUCCGAGAAAAAAACACAGGGGAUGCCCAAUUAUCUAAAUCUACUUUCUCUGUACGAAAGAGAAAAAUAUAUGUUAAAAACAAGGUUUUUUUAAUGAUACUUUGAGA